CUCGCACAUGUAGAAUAUUUUUGUUUUUUUGAAUUAGUAAAAUAAUUAAAUAAAAUGCGAAAUCUAAAGCUGAUUUACAAGAAAAGUCAUCAAUAUGAUGACAUUAAGGCUCGACUUAUGGUACAACAUGUAUUUGAGAGUAUAUCUUACGUAUAUGAUGAAAAUAAUGCAAUUCUUAAAAUUGAUCAUGAAUCCGGUGUUAUUGAAGAAUUGUGCAAUUUUGAAGACGUUAUAGCACUUGAAUACAUCCAAAUCAAUGAUUGCUUAUGCUUUGCAACAAAAUCUGGCUACAUCAUCCAGUAUAACUUCAGUACAAAACAACAUGAAAUUGAAGGAAGGAUAGAUGAUGGAAUCGAGGCAAUGUGCUGGAGUCCAGAUCAGGAACUGGUUGUUUUCGUAACAAAGACACAGAAAAUGAUUCUGAUGUUUUCGACGUUUGAUGUGCUUAUCGAGUGCUCACUGGAUGAGAAAGCUGAAAAGGAGUUUAUGACAGUUGGUUGGGGCAAAAAAGAGACACAAUUUCAUGGAUCAGUUGGAAAAGACAACAGAAAGAAGCCAGAAAUUGAAGUUAAGAAUGUUGAGGAACUAGAAAAAAGAAUUACGUGCUGUUGGAGAGGUGAUGGCGAGUAUUUUGCAGUAAACUUUGUCGGAUCUAAUGGAAGAAUGUUCAAAGUGUUUACUAAAGAAGGAAAUAUGCAGUAUGUAUCUGAAUUGUGUGCAAAUUUACAAGUUCCGAUAGCUUGGAAAAGUUCUGGAUUAUGGAUCGCAAAGCCUGAAAUACUGAAUAAUAAGUAUGUUAUUACACUUUUUGAGAGAAAUGGUUUGAAGCAUUAUGAAUUGGUUUUACCAUUUUUGCCGGAUGUUGAGCAAGUGACGAAUCUUUCGUGGAACCAAGAUUCGGAUAUUUUACUGAUUGAAACAAAUCGCAAAGGAAUUUACACAUUAUACUUUUAUACAAUCUGCAAUUACCAUUGGUAUAUGAAAUAUCACAUAGAAUAUUUAGUUCCAAUUGUCUAUAAUUGGAGUCAGAAUUAUGCUGAGCCAAAAAAGUUGCAAAUUAUGGAUAUUAAUGGCAAAUAUUCCAUCUUAAAAUUCGAUUAUGUCGUUAAUCACAGUAAUGGAAGUAGCAAUAAUGAUGAAACUAUUGUAGCUGUAAUUGAUGGACAUAAACUGUUAUUGACAAACUUUAAAAGUCAAAUGCUGCCACCUCCAAUGGCUAGCUUACAAGUUGAAUUAGAUAAUCCAGUUAAUACUGUAAAUUUCAUUCAAUCAAGCACUGAAUUUGAUUCAAAUAGUUUUAUGAUAAUCGAUCAUGCUAAUUUUGCUACAUUCUAUCGUUGCAUCUUUAAUGACACAAUUAAUGGACGAAAAUUAAAUUCCGUAGAAAAAGUCAAUAGUCUUCAACUGAAAGAUAUUGAGCAUGUUGUCCAUUCUAUGUGGAUUGAUUCCUUCAAAAUUUUAAUCAGCACUGAAAGUACAAUAUUUUUAUACUGCACAGAUUCAAAAACUAUAGUUGGAGAGAUCAUCCUUGAAGACUCUAUUGCUGGUCUUGUAAAAAUUAAUGACAGCCUUUAUGCUGCACAAUUGAUUGACGGAACAUUAAUUGGAAUAGAAGUUAAUGACGACGAUGAAAUUUUUUUAAGUGAUAAAGAAUUUCCAAAACUUUCAGAAUUUUGCGAAAAAGUAGUUUCAGUUGUUGCUAAAAAUGAUGUCAUCUUUUAUGGUUUGAAAAAUCUAAAGAAAAAGCUAUAUUUGAAUAAUAAGGAAAUUGCGAAUGAAGUUACUUCCUUUAAUGUCACUAAUGAUCAGGAAUUCUUAAUAUACACGACAAUCGGUGAAUUAAAGUUUGUAAAAAUUGAUAAAAAUCCAGAGGAAGUGAUUGAUAGCCGAAGAAUCGAGAGAGGAUCACGAAUAGUGUCACUUGUUAAAGACAAGUCACAAAUCAUCUUUCAGCUUCCUCGAGGUAAUUUAGAAACAAUUUCUCCAAGAAUUUUAUCAUUUAAGAUAAUCAGGAAGCAUUUGGAAGUUCCAAAUUACAAAUUAGCAUUUGACUUGCUCAGAAAGGAACGAAUUAACUUGAAUCUAUUAAUUGACAUGCAGCCACAGAAGUUUCUAAAUGAAAUUGAAGAUUUUGUGCUUCAAAUUGAUAACAUCAAUUGGCUAAAUUUAUUCUUAACGGAACUAAAGAAUGAGGAUGUGACAACGACUAUGUACAAAUUUUGUGAUAGAAUUGAAGAUGUUACAGACGAAAUCUUUACAUUUGAGAAUAAAAUUCAAUUUAUAUGCGAAGAAAUGCUGGACAUAUUUGAACGUUUAGACCACAAGAAGUAUCUGCUGCCAUCAAUUACUUGUCAUGUUAAGAAUGAAAAUCUAGAAAAAUCUCUGCAACUAAUUUGGAACUUGAAAAAGGCCGGAGGAAAUGAUAAGGAAGCAGACGAUGCUAUAAAAUAUCUUUUAUACUUAAUCGAUAUUAAUGUGCUGUAUAAUAUUGCUUUAGGCAUGUACGAUUAUCAGCUUGUCAUGUUUGUUGCACAAAAAAGUCAAAAAGAUCCGAAAGAAUAUGUUCCAUUCCUACAAGAACUUAAAAGCUUUGAUCCAUUCUAUGCUAAAUACAAGAUUGAUUGCUACCUUAAAAGAUACAACAAGGCAGUCAUUAAUAUCGCAUCAUUAUGUCCUGAUAGUUCAGAAAAGUUUGAUGAAUGCAUUGAACUUGUUAAGAAGCACAGUCUUUAUGAAGCAGCAUUAACAGCCUUUGAAGUGUAUAAAAAUUGUUAUCAGAAAAUUUGCAUCCUUUAUGGUGAUCAUCUUCGUGUUAAAGGAAAGUUCCUGGAAGCUAUUUUGAUGUAUGAACGUGGCGGUGACUUUAAACAAGCUUUAUCAAGUGCUAGGAAUAUCCUAGAUUGGAAAAAGUGCUUAAUACUAGCUAGAAAGUGCAACUUUAAUGAAUCGGAAGUUAAUGAUCUUGCAUCAAAAUUAACACAUUCGCUGAUAGAUUUAGGAAGGUUUAAGGAAGCAUGUGAAAUUAUCAGAAAAUUUAAUGAAGAUCCACAGCUUUUAAUUGAAACUUUGGUACAUGGACGGUAUUACGAUGAAGCUUUAUUGGAAAUAUCAUUCAUUGGUUCAGACAAUCAAUUUAUCGAUGAAAUAGUCAGACCUAACAUCAUCAAUCAUUUUAAUGAGACAAUAAAGGCUAUUGGGGAUGAUAAAGCUACGUUCUUUUCACAAAAGAGUCGACUGUUGAGCAUCAGAGAAGAAAAGAUUAGAAAAAUCCAAAAUCCACAAGAAGACGACGACGAUGACACGUUUUCAGACACAACUAGCAUAAAUUCCCAAAGUUCUCGUAACACAGCAAAAACAUUCAGAAGCAGCAAGCAGAAGAGAAAGCACGAACGAAAACUUUUGAAUCUUAAGGAAGGAAAUAAGUUUGAGGAUGUAGCAUUGUUGGAUUCAAUUUGGAAACUUGUACAUAAGAUUGUUAAUGGUGAGAGUCAAAGUGCCAUUAAAGAACUGAUUGUUGCUGGCAUAGAGUUAAAUAUGGAUGAUUAUUCUAGGAACUUACAGAAAUCCUACAAAGAGCUUUUACUGACACUGAAGCAUUCAUUAGAUGAAAUUUGGGUUGUAGAUAUGCUAGCUGCUGGAAAAUAUCCAGAAACAGAAGAAGACAUGGAAAUUUUCAAUUCAAACUUGUCAGUUACUAGUAAAAUGUCAUACGACUUAAUCAAACCUGAACAGCGAUAUAAGCCCAAGAUGAAUAUUAUAGAUUUCGAGAUGGACAUGUUCCGUGAAAGUUCCAGAAAGACUAUUUAAUUUGAAUUGCUUUAAGAAUCGCAGUGGCGAGAGAAUAAUAAAAACUUUUAUGAAUUGCCUACAUUCUCAAA